GAGACGAACUCGAGUGAGUCUGUAGUUGACGAAAAAGCGGCAACAUUGUACGCCAACAUUAUUUUGAAUGUCCAAGAGGCGCUGCGUUGAACUGCCUUACCCUAACAAUUUGUUUGCAAAAUGGAUUGAUGAGUGGCGAGUAGAAGCAAAGAAAAAAGGCUGGAAGUGCCACUACAACUACGAGAAAGCACUGAAGAGUCUCAAGAAGUAUCCUCUUCCUCUAGUGAAUGGAGAAGAGAUGAAAUGUACAAUUCAAUAUUGUGGAGACAAACUGGCUAAAAUGCUUGACCAACGGCUGGCUAAAUUUGGUCAAGAGUCUGAAGUGCAGAAUGAAGAGCUGGAUCAGGUUAGCGUGGGCGGGGACUGUGGGAAACGACCGAAGAAGAGCGAUGUUAUUGGGUAUGUCAAUGAGCAACCAAUCAAGAGGAAUAAACGUGUAAGGGAAUAUAUUCCUGCUUAUCGAAGUGGACCAUACGCCAUUUUACUCGCAAUGUACAGAGCCAGCAAGGAUCCUCAUUAUCGUGGCUACAUGACCAAGGCAGAACUGCAGAGUGAAGCUCAAGUCUUUUGUGAUGCAUCAUUUACUGUUCCUGAUCUUGGCACUGAUUACACAGCAUGGUCUUCAAUGAGUACAUUGACUCGUAAAGGGCUUGUGAGUAAAUAUAGUUGUCCAGCCAAGUAUUGUCUGACGGAGAAUGGUCAAGCUCUUGCUCUGAAAAUGGAAGCUGUUGGUGAGGAGAGGCCAUGUGCUGACAUGGCUACAGAGAUUACAAGAACUGCAACAGAAAGUCAUCUUUCUUCACAGACACAUGUCAAACGCACAGGACAACAGCACGUGGCUAGCAGGUCUUCAGCCGCAUGUCCUGUGGAUGUGGCUGUUGUCUCUUCAGAUGAUGACUUGCAAAUUGAGUUGGAGCCUUUGGCUGCUAGACUUCAGGUGCAUGGUUCUCAAACUAACAGUCCACCUAAUCUGUUAUUUCACACCACAAUGUGUGAUGUCAAUUCUUCGCAACAGCAGACAACACAAACGACAGGCAACAUGCAAACACGAGUGAACGUGAGUGGUGACAAUGAUGAAGACUUUGUUCCUCUUUACUGUCUUUUGCCAGAAGAAUUUGACAUUGUUUUAUGUAUUGACUACUGCGAAGCUGCUGGAGUAGCAACAAAUCGUCGAAUGCCACUCAUUCAAGAACUUAGAAGGAAUGGCAUUUCAUGUGAUCUUCGUAAACUACAGGUUGGUGAUUUUGUGUGGAUUGCCAAAGAACGAAUGGCUCCAGUAUCUGGAGUGUUGGCAUUGCCUGCUGGAAGGGAAGUUAUUCUCAAUCACGUGAUCGAAAGAAAGAGAUUUGAUGAUCUUGCACAAAGCAUAAAGGAUGGAAGAUUUAAAGAGCAGAAAUUUCGACUUAAGGAAAGUGGAUUGCAUCAUGUGGUUUACUUGAUCGAGGAUUGUUAUCACAGAGUACCACUUUGUUUGCCUGAACAGAAUCUCAGACAAGCAGUUGUCAAUACACAGGUUUUGGAUGGCUUUCAAGUGAAACAUACCCAAAGCUUGAAUGAUACUGUUGCAUAUCUGACAGUAAUGACAAGGACAUUGAUUGCAGCUUACAAGGAUAAAAUCCUCCUUGCUUGCCCAAAACCUAGACUUCCUUCUUUUCUUGAUCUUUCUUCAUCAUCAGUUAAAUUGUUGACAUUUGAAGAAUUUUCUCAGUCAUCAAUGAAGAACAAGACAUUGACUGUAAGUGAAAUGUUUGGCAAGCAGCUGGUGCAAUUUGCUGGUGUGUCUUCUGAGAUGGCUAUUGAAAUUUUGGCUAAAUAUCCAACAUUAGACAGUCUGUUAUGUGCAUAUGACAAACUCACAAGUGAAACUGAGAAAAUGAGAAUGUUGGCUGACAUUCGACAUGGCAGGACAGACAAGAGGUUGGGAGACAAAUUGAGCAAGUUGAUGUACUUGUUUUAUUGCACAAGCUAGCUGUUGUUUGUGGUAUGGUCUUUAUGUAGUAUGAAAUAGAACGUUAUUUGUAAUAGAAAAAUAUUUGUUA